CAAGAACCAGCUGGCUGUGUUGUUAUGAAAUGCAGGCUGUUCAAUAUCAUUUUAUUUCAUCUUAGAUUCUGCAAGUGUGGAAUUAUAACAACCAGAAGCAAAGCAAAGACUCUUUCUCAGCCUUCCCUACUCUGAAAGCUUUGCCCUGUCACCAAGGCACAGUAUGGAAGCCAUUGCCAAAUUUGAUUUCAAUGCUUCUGGAGAGGAUGAACUCAGUUUCCGGGCCGGGGACGUUCUGAAGAUUUUAAGCUCCCAGGAAGAGUGGUACAGGGCUGAGCUGAGAAGUCACGAAGGAUUUGUCCCCAAGAACUUCAUAGAUAUUCACAUUCCCAUCUGGUUUAAUGAAGGGAUAUCCCGCCAUGAGGCAGAGAACUUACUCAUGAGCAAGGAAGUUGGCUCUUUCAUCAUCCGAGCCAGCCAGAACUCCCCUGGUGACUUCUCCAUCUCCGUCAGGCAUGAGGAUGAUGUCCAGCACUUCAGGGUGAUGAGGGAUACAAAGGGCAACUACUACUUGUGGACAGAGAAAUUCCAGUCACUAAACAAAUUGGUGGAGUACUAUAAGACCUCCUCUAUCUCCAGGCAGAAGCUGAUCUUCCUGAGAGAUGGGAGCCAAGAAGAGAAGGAGAGGCGUGGUGGGAGCCUGGAAAGGGGGGCGCAGGAAGGACUCCGCCUGAGUGGAGCAGCUGGAGAAAUCCGAGCAUUAAUGUCCAAGAGAUAUGCAGAUCCCUCACCACCCCUGCAGCAGCAGCAACAGGACAGAGGUGGUGGGAGCCUGGACAGGAAAGAUGGGCUUCAUCGCCUCAGAGACCAUGGAGAAGGGAGUGCAGCAUCCAUGUACCGGAGACAAACAGAAUCAUCAUUUCAACAAUCACAGCAAACACUAUGGGUCCAAGCCCUGUAUGACUUUGAGGCAUUGGAGUGUGAUGAGCUAGGAUUCCGCAGUGGAGACCUCGUAGAAGUCCUGGACAACUCUAACCCCUGUUGGUGGAAAGGGCGCCUGCGUGGCAAAUUGGGUCUCUUCCCUUCCAACUAUGUUACACCAGUGACCCGGUGAUUCUGAAGCAUUCCAAGAUGGGUUGGGAUGGAGCUGCUCUGGCGUGUCGGGGGCAGAGAGAGCAUCUUCCAUGCAGCCGCAACAUACAGUGUUUUUAUUACAAUAAUAAUUUAUUGGCAGUUGAUCCACUGAUUAGUUAAUAUUAAAGGGACCACUGGAGUUUUUCUCUCCUUUUACACGCCAGUGUUAGAGGGAGCAAGAAUCCUGGAUUGUCCAUGAGGUCUUGUUGGAUCCUGCCGGUACUGCCAUCAUUUUGGCAAAAUGUUGCUAACUCAGACUUCGCUAAAUUAGAUACGUCACAUGGGAACCCACCUCAAGCAAAGCAAGUUUCAGCUUGUAGGCAGCUGCACCUCCUCCAACAUCUGAGCACCACCUUUUGGACCUUGCAACAUGCCAUCUAGUAGAGGAAAGGAUGUGGUCCUGUAAACUGUUGUAUAGAGCAAUCCAUAGAGCAAUCCAAUGUGGAACCAAUAUGUGGAGAGGGAGAGAAACCAAGUUCUUUGCAGCUUCUGAUAGACCUGCCCUCAUGCACUCCUACCCAUACCACAUGUACUCGUGUCCACUGUCCAAGCUGCCUUCCAAGAUAUCCUGCAAUUUCCAUUAAACAUUCCUGUAAGGGGGCCUGGCUUUUCAGCCAAACCAAUAGUCACCAGCUGGAAAUAUGGUGGAUGUCACCAACAGUUUUGUUAAAUUGGAAUUUUUUUUUGUGGUAUGUUGCUGCCUAAAAGUCCUCCUCCUAUAUUUUUGGGAAUCUGGAAUCCCUGUUUUUAUAACCUUGAGUUGCUGGUAACAUGUAUCAUCCACCUCUGUGUCUAUGUCAACACACACACACUAAUAUACAUACACACACUCUCCUGCAAAGGUAUUUGAUCAUUGCGGGGCGGGCAGAAAACAACCAUAGAUGAUUGUGUAGCACUGUGCUGCCUUUAGAAAUUGUCCCAAUUUUACAUCCUUGAUUUCUCACCCACCCCUCUCAUGGCCUCCAGCUUCCCCAUGCCAAGCUUCUUUUUCACCUCUCCUGAGUAUCCAUCUCUGGUCUCUUGUUAUGAAUAUUACUAUAGUGCCAGAAGCAAUCUCUAGCUAGCACUAUUUUGAUGCCAGAUUCCAGGCAGGGCUACUACUCUACUUGUAGGAAUACAGUAAAUAAAGUUGCAACCAAGAACAGUCUCCUCUCUAUACCUGUUUCCUUUGAACUAAAUAAGGUAAAUGCCCAACACAUUGGAAACAAGUUUGAGAUUUUAAAAAAGGAGAGAGGUGUACAAAUCACCAAUUGUGAUAUAAAUUAAUUGUAAAUACACAUUUAAAAUGAUCAAAAUCUUGAGUGAGAGCACUGGGUAAUUGCUACUCAUGCAAGUUGAAAUUUAGCAAGCUGCCUGAAUAAAAUAGUUCCCUACAAUGUUUAAGACCUCAGGAUUCAGCAAGGAAGUGCUGAUUUCAGUUUAUUUGGCAAGAAAGAAAACACAAAUGAGACUCAUCAGUAAAAAUGGACUUGAUAAAGGAUAAAACCAAUGGGGAAAAAAGAAAAGGGGAGCCAGGCUGAAUGCCAUCCAAUGACAGGGCAUAAAUACCAUUUUCACAAGAUGUGUGACAUUUGGUGUUCUUGAGCAGUAAAAGGAGCUUUUCUGGAAUUCUUGAGGGAACUGGAACAAGACCGGACUGGCAACAAAUGAAGUACAGUUUAAAAAAUCUAAAUAGAAAGAAGAACCUUGCUUACAGAGGCAGGAAUAAGUAUUGAGAGCUUAACAGGAAUUUGGCCAGGGGCAUCAUUUAGGUUGGGUGGGGAGAUGGAGGAGGGAGAGUUGAAAUGUGUGAGCAGUUACUUUGUGAACAACUCAGACACCAGAUCCAGAGACCGGCUGUGCUCUCUGAAACCUUCGGUGUUUGGAGCCCCGUGGGCAGCCUGCAGCCUUCACUCCCCAACCUACGCAGCCCAGCCGCAGGGACCCACCUGUCUGACUGCAGCUCUGCUCCAACCUCAUCCACUGUCACACUCCAUUGUCACUGACGGGCCCCAGAACUUGGGGCCAGAAGCUGUGACUGGCAAAUUUGUGGCCAGAAGUAUUAGUUGCUAGGGGAUCAAUAAAGCAGACAUGAGACAGAAGAUCCAUGUCAGAUCGUGUGACAAGGGGAAAGUGCUCAGUUUAAUGGAUGUAGGCAGGACUCCUCUGUUGUGGGCGUGGUGAGAGGGCUGGCUCAGAGUACAGUGGCUGAGAGGAGCCCAGUCACCUCCAGAAACAAAGCCAACAUUUCCGCCACACCUUGCAGAUUAUAGGGCACGACUGGUCCCAGCCCCCUUGUGUUGCACUGCAGUGCUCCAGCCCAGUAGUGGAUUGGGGGCUGAUGUCUUCUGCUUCUGUGUCAGCUUUUCCAGGAAAAGGAUAAUGAGGUCUCUCCCCUCUGUGAAGGGAACAGUCUAAUUAUGGAUUUUUACAUUUUAUCAAGAGCUUCAAGGGAACUAAGCAGUCCCUUGACCCCUCACUUAAAGUUGCCCCCUCCCCUACUGAAAUGAUGCCCCUGAAUUUGGUUACCCAGAUUUAGAACCAUGAGUUUUAGGAAACAGCGGGACAAGGUGGGUCAGGUAAUAUCUUUUAUUGGACCAACUUUUGUUGAUUAGAGAGACAAGCUUUAGUCCAGUAAAAGAUACUACGUCACCCACCUUGUGUCUCUAAUAUCCUGGGACUGAUACGGCUACAACAACACUGCAGGAAACAGAAGGACAUGCUAAAUCCUGUUGAGUGAAAUUCAGCUGUGGUACAAAUGGUUGCAUUUCCGUUUUCCUCAAUGACCUUGUGCUAUAUCUGGGCUGGCUUUGGCCCUGGUGGUUCUAUAUGGGCUAGAUUCUGACAGAGUACUAUGCAGAGUACUCCUUUCUCUUUGAGCAGUCCCCUUGAAAAUCAAUGGGACUGCUCAUGGAGCAAGGUAUCCUGUUCAAUGGAAGGGUGUCAGACGCUAACCCUAAGUGACUCCACAGCUUCCCAAGGUUCUUUUUAAGACAAGGAGGAGAUUUGGAAGAGGGAAGGUUUAAGAUCAAGAAAGAGAGAAGAACAAGGCAGAGGAAGAUGAAAGAAAAAAAAUGAAAGACCAACAAAAGUAGAGAAGCAAUUUCAGAUUUGGAACUGCCUGAAGAGGAUGAAAUGGUUCUUUCAGAUUUAUCCCCACCGUGUUGUAUUAUUUUUCAAUUAAUUGUUGUGUUUACAUUUCUUUUUAAAAUUUAAACUGAAGAUUUUUUUCCCCAUUGCUCAGCCUCCUAAAGACUGUGUAGGUAAUGAAGACGUGGUUGCAAACAAAUUAGUUUGAGGCUCAUGUGCUUAGCACUCAAAUAGCGCUUUACAUAGUUAAAGCCCCUUUACAAAGAUUAACUAAUUAAUUAAUACUGGGCGGUACACUGGAAGCACUCCAGUGCCAAAUGAUGAUUUCUUGAGUAAGAGGUAGCUCUCCACGUGUUUUUUAAAAUUGAUGUUUGAAGAAAUAAUAUGCAAGGCAGUGAAAUCAAAGGGAUUAUGCACAUGCAUGUCUUAGAAUCUCAUAUUCCUGGUGUUUGUCAAUAUUUUAUAAACCAAUAAUCCAGGAAUACAGUCUGGAUGAUAUCCUACUGUGAAACUGAAAGAGGGGGAAAAAUCCAGUUAAGUAUUUGGUUUAGUAUUUUUCACAGGCAAAAAUGACAGCAUAGGAGAAAACAGAUUAUAAACAAGAACAGAAGCAGUGAGAGUGCGUGGAAAAGCAAGACCACUUUUUAAGCAAAUGAUAUUGAAGAAACUGGACUGCAUUUGGAGGGAUAACAGAAGUGCAAGUUAUUAAGCAUAGCUCAGCUGGGUUCACUUUGAUUGCUGAGCUAGUUUUUUGUCCUCAGUAUGGUGAAAAUCCAUAUUUUAUUUACAAUGUCUCAGUGGUUAAUAAGAAGGAGUAAACACAAUACAUGAAAAGCUUUAACACAAAAACCAGAAUACAGUGUUCUGUGUUACAGAGACUGUGUGCGUGCGUGUGUGUCUGUACACACACAUAGCAGAUGCACUCACAAUAUCAUGCAUUAGAAACAACAGACUAUAGAGGGUUACAUUCUGGCAGCUGCUAGAGAAAGGGCAGACAGGGAGACUGUGUUUGCCAUUGCCCCUAGGGACACCUGUGCAGAAUGCCAGGACCAACUCUUCCUAAGAGUAGCCUCUGACAGGUGUACCAUGGGCUUAAGUGACCAGAUCUCCCGUUUUUCCCCCCAAUAUCCAGUGGUGGUGUAGCCGUGUUGGUCCCAAGGUAUUAGAGAGACAAGGUGGGGUGAGGUAAUAUCUUUUAUUGGACCAACUUCUGUUGGUGAGAGAGACAAGCUUUUGAGCUUGCACAGAGCUCUUCUUCAGGUCUGGGAAAUGUACUCGGAGGGUAUGGGGCUGUUUAAUUGCAGCAUAGAAGUUCAGGCUCAGACAGGGUCUGAGACGCUACUCCCGCGUGGAUUGUGAAGGGGGUUAAUUUGCAUGAAGCAUGAAAGAAGUCACUUGCAGAAGGAGAACUGGCAGGAGGAAAAGGUUGUGGACUUGGUUAUCAGCUGUGGGCCUGAAGAGCAACAGACAAAUGGGUAAAAAAUGUGCCCUGACCUCUGUGCAGAAGAGCGAUUCAAAGCUUUCAUUGUGCAAACAAAAGCCACUCAGCUGACGUAGCGUGUGCUCGUAUGAAAAUGGAAAAUUUCACAAAUGGCAGAAGGCUAAGGACAUUGGCUGGAAAUGCAAACGGAAGAACAGCCCAAGUAAUAAAGGGGAUGUCCCAGAAAAGGAGAAACCAAAAAAAAAAGUAUGCAAAAAACAAAUUAAGUAACUUAAAAGCAAAAAUAAAAGAUAUCAAAAUAUCUAACAAUUAGAGACUACAGUCAAACUCAUCACUGGCAUAAGCAGGUGCAACUCCACCACAGUCUAUGAAGACGUGGCCACUGUGAAUUUGACCCUGCAAAUGAAAGUGAGGACAGCUCUGUGAAGAAAGUAGUUCAGAACAGAUGAGUUAGCUGUACAUUUGAAACAUGUCAAAUAGUAAGAACAUCCUGAACUCAUAACUGAAGUACAAAGCCCUAUUUAAGAAGCACUUCUAAGAAGAUUUUCAGUGAACAAGCCAAAGACAAAUACGACUACAAAAAAAUAGACACAUGCCUGAUUGCUCUAAAGGUCGUCCAGCUGGUAUAUCUUCCAUGUCUAUACUGUAGUGAAUGUUGUCUGACUCAGGCAAGCUCUUUGGAGUAGGGAUCAUGCCACCCUCUCUGCUUGCAAAGUGCCUACACUGUCAUUGCUCCAAUAUUUACAAGUAAUUAUAAAUGGUGAGAACUAGUCCAUGGUAAUGGAAUGGGAAAUGAACCUUAGCAUGAGCUAAUGUUUUUAGACAUUGCAGUACUGAUUAGGCUAUGCAAUGUUGAAUUAGAAGCAGAACAUAAUUCAACAAUUUUGUAUGUGAAAACUACAUAAAAACACAAAUAAAAUAACUUUGGCAUAGGCUCCUGAGGCCAAAUUCUCCAUUGCUGUGUAAACCGUGUGCAGUCAUUUUCAUUAGUGUAAAGUGGCUAUCAAGUGCUGCUGCUGAUUGCUUCUUACACCCACUUUGCACUUGUUUAUAUCAGUAUACCAUAGGGUGCCAUUUUGGUGCCAGCUGUUUUCCUGUCAUUGAUGAACAAAGUCUACUAGUGCAACACGAUGUCAAUGACGUAAC